AUGCCGACCAAAUCCGGGUGUAACUUGUGGCGUUCUGCUGUGUGGUACGCGGCCUUCCUGGCGUCCGCCUCCCUCGUCGGUUUGCUCUACUACACCCCUUCCUUUCGAUGUCUGACCCAAGAACUUGAAGAACCCAUCGUGAACCCUGCACACCGCCCCGUCGUGGUGCUCAUCUGGCUCUGGCCCUUUAACAAGACCUUUGACCUCGACGUCUGCAGCUCCCACUUCAACGUUCACAGCUGUGUCUUAACAGCCGACCGGUAUUUCUUCGAUAAAGCCGACGGCAUCCUGAUCCACCACCGGGACAUCGCUUGGGAUGCGUCGAAUCUCCCGCAGUUUCUUCGGCCGCCCCACCAGAAGUGGAUCUGGAUGAAUUCCGAGUCGCCGUCCAACACGGCCUGGAUCCCCGGCCUCGACGACCUGUUCAACAUCUCGCUGAGCUACCGCAAAGACGCCGACGUCAGCGUGCCUUACGGCUCUCUGGUUCCGGUCGAGCGCAGGUUUGAGGACUUUCUUGACGUGGUACCUUCUGAAAAGGACAAGCUAGUCUGCUGGAUCGUUAGCAACUACAAGCCAGAGCACAGGAGGAUGCAGUACUACGAGCAGCUGCGCAAGUACGUCCGGAUUCACGUCUACGGCGACUUCUUCGAGAAGCGCGUUUCUGAGGAGGAGUACAAAGACAUCGUCUCGAGCUGCAAGUUCUACCUGUCCUUCGAGAACUCCGUGCACAAGGACUACAUCACGGAGAAACUGUUCAACGCUCUGGAUCUGGGCGCCGUCCCCGUCGUCUUCGGCCCGUCCAGGCAGAACUACGAGCGGUUCGUCCCCGGCGACGCCUUCAUCCACGUGGACGACUUCCCUUCCAUGAGGGCUCUGGCUAAGCACCUCUUCCUUUUGCACCGAAACGAAGCCUUGUAUCUCGGGUACUUCAGGUGGAGGAGACGUUUCCGAGUAAAGACGUCUUCCUUCCCGGUGGAAAACGUGUGCCAGGCUUGCGAGUACGUCCGACGGAACAGGCAGUACCAGGUGCUUACGAAUCUGUAUCAGUGGUACUGGGGUACGAGCGAAGGACUUGACCUGCCACCGUCCUUCUACUAACCCGAACACGCCUUUUCAGUGCCUUGAGACUUUAUUUUCUUCUUUUUCGUUCUUCCUCUAAUCCCUGCCUCGGUCAGAUUAUUCAGGUACUUCAUCAAUUUGAAUGUAAAUCUGGCGUGUGUAUGUUUUAUGAAUGAAUGUCCCCCCCCCCCCCCCUCCCCAGAAGGUCUUUUCAUCACGGAUCCUGAAAGGUAGAACGUUACGAAUCGAUACUUAUGUUCUCACGUGCAUUUAUUUAUUUAUUUAUUGCAACACAACACUCCAGUUGUUUAUGCAUCUGUCAUCUUAAAGACUGUGAAGUUAAUCCAUAGCGGGCGUUGAAGAAAAGGAGCUCAAUUCUGACCGAGAUUGUUUUCUAGCUUCCACGAUCAUAAGUUUAUCAAAAUAAAUAAAUAAAUAAAGACCUGAAUUAAAUAAUUAAAUGCAAAUAUGACUAUACGAUCACAAUGCUGUGUCAUGUUUCUUUGAGUAUUAUUUCUUAUUCGGAUCAUUAGCGAGCUGGAUGAGGAGCGACGCUGACUGCUAGGAUCUUCUCGUUUCGCCACCGCACGGACGUGCAGGGAAUUUUUAUUUAUCCUCCUGUGUUAUUUCUCUCCCCCCCCCCCCCAAGGGGGGAAAGGAAAAUCUAGUAACUCAUAAAAUCUAUUAUUCUAGUUGAAAGAUGUUUGUGUCUCGCUCCGUGUGACGUGUGUAUCCGUUGGGGUCGAGUUGUGUCCCUCGCUUUAGUUAACACGGAAUGACAUUUUAAAGUCAGAUGUUUUCAAGCGGACACAACUCAAAGUUUUUUUUCUUUUUUAUUUUUUAUUGUUGUUGUUUUUUUCUUUUUCAUUUUAAAAAGAAAAGGGAAGAUGAACUAGGUGAGCUUCAGCCAGUCGACAGCUCCAGGUGUCCUGUUGGAGAGAUCUCAAAAGUGUGUUUGUUUGUUUUUGUUUGUUUAAAACUUGUAGGCUGGUCACAUCCGUCACAUUUUUAAUAAGACGGCAGUCUUCACUCUGGGAAAUAUGACCAUAUGACUUCAAUAUCAUGACGAUAAAAUAACUAAAAAUCAACUUUUUAAGAAAUAAAGGAAAAUUGCGGCUGUUGUGAUAUCGUCACGUUUUUAAAAAAAAAAAAAAAAAUCAUUAUAAACGGAUUAAAUGGUACUUAUUUAAUAAUAAAGUUUUGUAUGGAAUCUUUAAAAUUGCAAAAUGUUAUACUUUUUAAAAAAUAUUUUGUACUUUUUCGGUAUUAAAUGAUCGUUUUUGGAUCAAACGAUAAUCGAGCACAAGUAAGGCUGGGCGAUUAUAUCGCUAUAAUAUCCAUAUCAUGGUAAACGAUUACACGUUACAUUUUUUUCUGAGAUAUCGUUGGUACGGUGAUGUUUUUUUUGGGUUUUUUUACAUUUUAAAAAAUAUUAUUAUUAUUAUUAUUAUUAUUAUUACAAAUUAAACGGUACUGAAUGUAUGCCGUUGAUUUGAUGUAAUUUUCUUUGAACUUUUUAAAACUUUUAACUUCAAAAAUUAAUCAUUUUGUCUUUGUAGACAUUAAGGAAAAGUAUCGUCGAACUCUUUUUUUUUGUUUUGUUUUGUUUUGUUUAUUUGACUACUGUUUUUGCAGACAGUUUGUUAGCGAAAUUAUAUAUCGUGAUACGUGUCGUGUAUCGUAGUAAUUUUCCAUAAGUAUCGUGAUAUGAUAUAUUUGUGUCAUAUCGUUUUUAUAGUUCCCUUAUUACUUUGUCAGCAUUAUUAUACAGUUUAUUCGGGCUAAAGUUCAUGUUUAAUGAUCACUAAAGCAGUAGAAAUGCUGGUCAAAGGAACGAUGACAUAAAGCGUUCUGAAAUAAAAACCUAACUUGGAGAUCAGUGUUUGGAGCAGGUACGGAGCGUGAUGGUUCUGUCCUACGUUUUGCGUACGUGUGAGGUUUAUUCGCGUAUUUAAUCGAGCGAGAGAAAUCUCCGGGGAAUGCUGAGCCGAGCCGAGCCGAGCCGAGCGUGCAGUACGAUUAGCGAAGGUGUGAGCUGUAAUAUGCUGUACGCUUUUUAAACACAUGAAGACAAAGCAGAGUGAGAAACUGGAGUGUUUUUAAUACAGCAGAGACUUGACAAAGAAGUUUGAAAAGAAGAGACUGAAAACGGGCGAACGUGAGCAAGGGACAGGGUCAUGUGACCUGCUUGUAGCCCGUGAGGCCGCCCAAGUCGGAAGUCCGGUCUGGAAACCGGUAGUGACGUGACACAAAGUAGGUUUAGAAAGAAGGGAAUGAAUACAAACGGACGAAAAUGCAGAUCCUGACCCAAUUCGUGCUGCGAGGAAGAAAACAUCCUGUGUUGUGCUGUUAUCGGAAAAUAAUCGACAGCAGAGUCCCUGAAUGUUUUAUCCCUUUUAUACUAGGUCAGUAAGAACAACACUUUUUAUCCGCUUAUAGUUAGGUGAAGCGAUUCAUGCAGCUGUGUUUAAGAGUCGGUGUGUCAUUCUGGUUAUGACCUCGGGAUUUAAUGCAUAAGUUUUAGUGCUCAGAUCUAAUAUUUUCACACUCAGACGUUUGUCCGUUAUUCUGUUUUACUGCUUUGGCCCCUUUUCCUGAUUACGACUCGUGACUAGUUUCUUAAUAAACUUCAUUGUCGACCUGCCUCCGAUAAUCAGGCCCAGCCCUGACGGCACUAAAUGGUAGAGGAAGUGGGAUUUAUUGGACACGCUACAUAAAUAAACCGCUCGUGUGGUCUAUUAUUCAUCCCGCGGUUUUCCAGCCUCCGGUUCGGACCAGCCGAAGAAAACCCCCGCCUCAUCUCGGAAUUCCUACAAGUACAAGGGACGGUCUUCUGGACCCCAGUUUCAGCCAGUGGUCUCAAAUCAACAUGGCUGCUCACAGCAUCAGCAGUAAACAAAGUUCCCAUGUUGUUACAAGUCCCUGCUUCCACUCGGGCCACUGCGAUGGACACACUGCACUUUAUUACAAGGUGUUUCUUUUCUUUUCUUUUCUUUUUCUUUUUUUUAACAAUGAAAUCUUUUCGGUGGAAUUAAUUUGAGUACGUCGAUGGUGAAAGUAUCGUUGAGGCGAGGAAGUUCUGGAUGUGUGUUGAAUAUGUAAAAGAUCAAUUUUAUUGCAUCAGAAAUCUAGAAGAUUUUUCGCAAUUAAAAGCAGAUUAAGAGAAGUGGGCGGGUCUAAUUUGCAUAUUCAUCAAAUCGGCUUUUUUUUUUUUUGGAUGAUGGUGAAAGUCUUGGCACUCCUGUGCCUUUUUUUAGUCAUCUACUGUUAAUAUUGUUUAUCAAAACUAUAAGUCAAGCAAUUUGUUAUUCGCAGGGGUGUGGCCAAACCAAACCCCGCCCUCCAAUCACAUCUCUAAAGCUCUAACACUCCUGUGCAGUUCAUACGGACUGAAUCAUAUCAGCAUUGUAGUGUUGUACAGAAUAGAGGAAUAUUAUUAUUAUUAUUAUUAUUAUUAUUAUUAUUAUUAUUAUUAUUAAGGCCUGGGGGUAAUAUUUUUAAGUGGUUCAUUAAUAACAUUUGUUUGUUUAUUUCUUCUUUUUCUUAUAAUUAUUAUUAAUAAAAUUAUUAAGAUGAAUAAUAUUAAUAUUGAUAUCAAUAUUAUUAUUCUCACUAAUAAUAAUAAUAAUAAUAAUAUUAAAACCUUUUUUUUAAUGAUCAUGACAAUUAUUGUUAAAGCCUGGGGGUUUAAUAUUUUUAAGCAAUUAAUUAAUAAUAUAUUUUUUGCUUGUUUGUGUUUAUUUGUUUUGUUUUUUUUUCUUCUUCCUCCGUUAUAAGCCUAGUUAAUUGGUCACUUAAACCGAAUAGGUCCAACUCCAAACCUCCAAUGACCUCAUUAUAAGUAACAUAAAUAAUACUAUAUGUAACAUAUUAAAAAUCAUAACAUAACAAUACCAACUUAAGUGCCAAAGCUAAAAAAGAAAAAGUGCUGUUAAUAAUCAUAUUAGAAAAUGUUUAGCUGCUGAUUUGGUUUCUGUCGAUGGAAAGUUUGGGAAUAAAAAGCUUUUAUGGUCUAAUAAAUAAUUGUGAUGAUACAUAUUUGCCUGCUGUGCCUAAUAUUUCUGGAUUAUGCCCAUAAAAUAAACAUGCGCUCUAAUCAUCACAGGGUCCAUGUAGUUUCUCUGUUCAUUUCGGGAUUUUUUUAAGCUUGGAAGGAGUUCCUGGCUGCAGAACUGUUGAAACCCCCUGCUAUACAUAAUUAAUGUGCCAUUUCACCAAAUGAUUACUGAUUAUGUAUCACACCACUGAUUAUUCAACACACACACACACACACACACACACACACACACACACACAUACAUAGAGAGAGAGAGAAAAAGUUUUGGGUGAC